AUUUUAACAAUAUAGCGCAUUGUGUUGUAGAAACAUUACCCCCCAAGAGUUUUAAAAUUGCGUUUUUUUAAUCGAUUUAAUCGAUUCAAUAGAUUUUGUGGUAGGUCAAUAUAAAAUAAGCCCUCAUACAGUACUGUAGGUGAAGAAUUUAAAGAGUUAUUGCUAUUAAAAGACGAGGAGGAAAAAAACUGAAAAUACAAAAAUGAAAAAUGACUGCGUCCUCUAAGGGUUAAUGAGUGGGUAGUUCACAGGACUUCAGUACUAUGGGCAUCCCUGGGAAGCAGUGCCCGGUGUCCGCCAUGUGGCAGCUGAUAACUUUACCCAGAUGACAAUACCCGAGCGCUGCACAGGUCACUGCCACAUCCACUUGGAGGGGAAAUAACAGCGGCCAAUGGGGAGACGCCUUCUAUCCGCCAAUCGAGCCCUGGCCAGCACAGCCAAUCAGGAGCGGCGUGACGAGUCAACUUGCGGUGAACUGGUGUACAGCUGGAGCGGCUCUGCAUUCAGCUUAGUGCUGCUGGAGUGAGGACGCGGCUGUAGCCCGGAGCUCUGUGUCUCCUCAGCGCUGGAUUCCUGCGCUCAGUCCAGCUGCCAUGGAGCCCGUCACUGGGGUUCUCACCUGUACUGCCUUGUUCUGGGCGCUGGCUUUACCGGCCAGUAGUCUGUACGUGUCUGGAGACAGAGAUUCUCUCUUACAGAAGAUUGAAGAAUACAGCCUUGUAACUCCAAUUAGUACAGAUUCAAAGGGAAACUUCCUAUCACAUGCGGUGUCUAAAAGACAAAAGGCGCGGUUUCAGAGAGACAUUGUGGAGGUCAACCAGGAAUCUGCUGAGCAUAAAAUUUAUUAUAAUGUUACUAUUUUUGGCGCAGAAUUCCAUCUAAGGUUAAAAGUGAACACAAAACUUAUUGCACCUGGAGCAACAGUGGAAUGGGAGGAAGACUCCAGUGUCACUGAAAUAGAACCACUACACAGAAGUUGCUUAUAUAUUGGGGAUAUAACAGACCUACCUAAUGCUUCAGUUGCUAUAAGCAACUGCAAUGGACUGGCUGGGAUGAUUCGUACAGACAAUGACGAGUUUUUUAUAGAACCACUGGAAAAUGGUAAACAAGAGGAAGAGUCUGGUAGAACCCAUAUUGUGUAUCGUAGAUCAGCUAUCAAACAAUCCAUCUCAAGUCAAGACAACUAUACACACCAUACUAAACCUGGGUUUCUUAGCAGUAAUAUACUGGAAAAUGUUGUUGACAGUACAAGAAGAAGUCGCAGACAUGCAAGUGACAAUGAUUACAACAUUGAAGUUCUGCUUGGAGUUGAUGAUUCAGUUGUCCGAUUUCAUGGAAAAGAAUAUGUGCAGAAAUACCUCCUGACACUUCUUAAUAUUGUUAAUGAGAUCUACCAUGAUGAGUCUCUGGGUGCCCACAUUAAUGUUGUCCUAGUGAGGAUCAUAAUGUUAAGCCACAGCAAAUCUUCAAGUUUAAUUGAAGUAGGAAACCCCUCUCAGAGUUUGGAAAAUGUAUGCCGUUGGGCCUACCUUCAACAGAAACCAGAUACAGAACAUGCUGAAUACCAUGAUCAUGCAAUAUUUCUUACAAGACAAGAAUUUGGUCCCUCUGGAAUGCAAGGUUAUGCGCCAGUCACGGGUAUGUGUCACCCAGUUCGGAGUUGUACACUAAAUCAUGAAGAUGGAUUCUCUUCAGCCUUUGUAGUAGCUCAUGAAACUGGUCAUGUGUUAGGAAUGGAGCAUGAUGGCCAAGGAAAUAGGUGUGGAGAUGAAGUUAGAAUGGGCAGCAUUAUGGCUCCACUUGUACAAGCUGCAUUUCAUCGCUUUCACUGGUCUCGAUGUAGUCAACAAGAGCUCAGCAGAUAUCUAACUUCUUAUGAUUGCCUGCGAGAUGAUCCAUUUGCGCAUGACUGGCCUUUACUUCCUCAGCUUCCUGGGAUACACUAUUCUAUGAAUGAGCAAUGUCGUUUUGACUUUGGUAUUGGCUACAUGAUGUGUACAGCUUUUCGCACAUUUGACCCCUGUAAACAACUCUGGUGCAGCCAUCCAGAUAAUCCAUACUUUUGUAAAACAAAAAAAGGACCUCCCUUGGAUGGAACAAUGUGUGCACAAGGAAAGCAUUGCUUUAAAGGUCACUGCAUUUGGUUAACUCCUGAACAUCUUCGGCAAGAUGGAAAUUGGGGGCAAUGGAGUAAAUUUGGAUCAUGUUCUCGAACAUGCGGCACAGGUGUGAGAUAUAGAACAAGAAGCUGUGACAAUCCACACCCAUCUAAUGGAGGUCGUUCCUGCACAGGACCAAGCUACGAACUUGAGCUUUGUAAUACUGAGGAGUGUGACAAAGAUUCUGACGACUUCAGAGAAGAACAGUGCCGGCAAUGGGACCCAUUCUUUGAAUAUCAAAAUUCUAAACAUCACUGGAUUCCAUAUGAACAUCCAGAUGAAAAAGAAAGGUGUCAUCUUUACUGUCAGUCAAAAGAAACUGGAGAUGUGGUGUAUAUGAAAAGACAAGCACAUGAUGGAACGCAAUGCUCAUAUAAAGAUUCUCAUAAUAUCUGUGUACGAGGUGAAUGCCUGAAAGUUGGUUGCGACAAAGUGAUUGGAUCAACAAAAAAAGAAGACAAGUGUGGCUUAUGUGGUGGUGAUAAUUCACACUGUAAAAUUAUCAAAGGAACAUUUACAAGAACACCCAAGAAACAAGGUUACAUUAGAAUAUUUGAAAUUCCAGCUGGAGCACGGCAUUUACUUGUUCAGGAAACAGAAUCAUCUGCUCACCAUCUUGCUAUCCGAAAUCAAGCAACUGGAAAGUUCAUUUUAAUGAUGAAAAUGAGAGUCUUCAAGAUUCAAAAGUAUUUGUUGAAAAUGGGCAUUGAAUGGGAAUAUCGGAAUGAUGACAACCGUGAAACAGUUCAGACUAUGGGGCCUUUGAAGAGCCCUAUUGUAGUUCUUGUAAUUCCUCAUGGAAGUGUUAAAAUUUCAUUGUCUUAUAAGUACAUGAUACAUGAAGAUUCCUUAAAUGUAGGUAACAACUAUGUUGUGGAAGAGGAUGUGGUUGAGUAUGAAUGGGCUUUGAAGAAAUGGUCCCAUUGUUCUAAACCGUGUGGAGGAGGUAACCAGUUUACAAAAUAUGGAUGUCGGAGAAAGUCAGACCAUAAAAUGGUGCAUAAGAAGUUGUGUGAAUCUAUUCCAAAGUUAAAGCCCAUUCGCAGAGCUUGCAAUCUUCAGGAGUGUUCCCAACCCAUUUGGAUGACAGGAGAGUGGGAGCAAUGCUCUACAACUUGCGGGAAAACGGGUUAUGAAAGUCGUACAGUACGGUGCAUUCAGCCUCUAAAUGACAAUACAAACAGAUCUGUGCACAGUAAAUACUGCAGUGAGAAUCGUCCAGAAACCAAGAGACCUUGCAAUCGCCAACCGUGCCCUGUUCAGUGGAGGGUAGGACCAUGGUCACAAUGUUCUGUAACAUGUGGCAAUGGAACUCAAGAAAGACAAGUUCUCUGUGGUUCGAGUGAUAAUAAAAUUCAGAACUGUAAUACUGCAAAACCAGAAACCAUACAGAUUUGCACAAUGCCUUCAUGUUCAGGAAAUACUUCUGAUCCAUCAAAGAAGAAUUACAUUGUCCAGUGGCUCUCUAGACCGGACACAGACUAUUCAAACCAAAAAAUAUCUUCAAAAGAAACCUGCCUUGGUGAUAAAUCUGUUUUCUGUCGUAUGGAAGUGCUCUCUCGGUAUUGCUCAAUGCGUGGAUAUAGCAGACUUUGCUGUAAAGCCUGCAAUUCAUCUCAAAACUCAAGUAACAAUAAUGUAAGAAAUAACACCACUGAAAGGCUUCCAUCGGCAAAUCCAACUCUUCCAAGCUUCCCAUCUAUUGUGUCACACACCCCUGUUUACAGCACACAGGUGUCUACUAAAAAUGCAAGUGACACUCUGCAAGACACCAACAGAAUAGAUGUCAUCUAUAAAAACAAUAGGCUUGACAAUGAAGUUCCCCCUCCUAUUCCCCUACCACGUAGACGGAACAUGUAUGAAAAGACUAAAAACCAGAGGAUUCAACAGCUCAUUGCUGAGAAAUUACAAGAAGCUAAGAAGAAGCUUCAUUAACAUCAAGAGCAUUUUCUACGAAAAUGAAAGAAUAUGUCACCAUACAAGACCUAGACUGUCAAGGCAUUUCUAAAACUACCAUUUUAUACACUUGCAGUGAAUAUUGCAGGUAACCUUUUCAGAACAUAGUUUGGUAUUUCAUCUGUUAUAAAAGUUACAAAACCUACAGUGAUCUUCAAGGGUAACAUUGUUUACAGAUGCUUCUGGUGCUGUUUUUUUAACCACAAAAUCAGUUUGUCUACAUUUACUACAAUAAUAUUAUUGUCACGCAUUCAUGUAAAAGUGUAAAUUAUAUCUCUUACUGUUUGUAAAAAUAUACAAUUAGAACAUUUUGCAAUAGAAUCACUAUGUUCUGCUCUCAUUUUCUUAUACUAGAUAUGUUUUUCUUUUCACAAUAAACAAUUAUAGUGUACCUUCAAUGUUGUGGGCACUUUUAUAAAAAAUGACUAUAGUGCAGCACUGUGCACAAUAGUCAUUUUUUUAAUAAAUUUUUAUUGGGAAUUUGGCACCGGAAUGCCUAUGUUUUCCCUGCUGCAUACAACUGUGCAUUAGCACCUAUCUCCAGCGUAAGUGCCAGCGCUGUCAAAUCAAUUUGUGCCAGAGAUGGGUACUGAUGCACAGUUAUUUGUGGCGGGGAGAAUGGGUGCUCAGUGAAGGUAUUCUAGUGCCAAAUUCAA